AUGUAUUUACGAGCUUUAGCAGUAGCUGAUUUGUUAUGCAUGAUUUUUGUGUUAUUAUUUGUAAUUGGUGAGAUAGCAACACACGCUGGUCUACCUCUAGAGAAAUCAUAUUUUCAAGCAUUUUAUCGAGCUCACCUGAUGCUUUUCCUCAUCAACUGGGCAUCAUCUACUGGUGUGUUAAUUGUGGUCGCCCUAAGUUUCGAUCGUUUCCUAUCCAUUGUUUUCCCUACAUAUUUCCGUACAUGGAAUGUAUCACAACGAGCACAUCAAACCAUUUUUGCAAUUUAUACUAUUACUGCAUUACUGCAAAUUCCUUAUGGUAUUGGACGAUAUACUGUGGAUGAAAAUAUCAAUCAGGAAGGAACUACAAUUUAUGCUUCGAUAGACAGCGAAGUAUCAAGAACAUUGCAGUGGCAGAUUUAUAAAUGGACUCGAGAAGGAUUACUUCGUUUUGCUCCCAUUCUUAUCCUAUCAGUGCUCAAUAUUAAAAUUAUGACUGCAUUCCGACGACGACAAAAAUUAUUUGUUCACUUGACAAAUAGAAAAAAUCGAGGAAAUUUUACUAACGGCUCAGGAAGUAGCAAAGACGAUACUUUAAUAUACAUUUUAGGUGGUAUUGUGGUCAUGUUUUUUAUCUGUAACAUACCAGCUGCUCUAAAUCUUCUCUUCAUUAACGAAACUAUCAAGCUACGAGUAGACUAUCAUUUAUUUCGCGCUGUUGCUAAUUUACUGGAAAUAACAAAUCACGCAUCACAAUUCUAUGUCUUUUGCGCUUGUUCUACUGCGUAUAGAACUACAUUUCUAGAAAAAUUUCCCCUUUCUGCAUUCUCUUCUUAA